AUUAGUCUGCUUCUCUGCUUCCUUCUCAAUUGACAGUGUGUUGUGUUGUGUACCAUCUUCCCAGCCGUUUUUAUUCAUUUAGCCAAAUUUAAAAUGCAAACCAAAAAAGAUAAACCUUCACUUCCAUCAGUGUGGAAUCGAAUGUUAUCAAAAAAUUCCGAGUGGCCCGAUAAGGAUGAAUUCCUUGAUGUUAUCUAUUGGGCUCGACAAAUCAUAGCUGUAAUAUUAGGUCUUAUUUGGGGGGUGUUUUCUUUACAAGGCUUUAUUGGUCUCGCACUAUUUGCAUUAGCAAAUGCCGGUAUUUUGUAUGUUUACUUCACUUCCUUCCAGUCCAUUGAUGAAGAGGAGUAUGGUGGUGUCUGGGAAUUGACAAAAGAAGGAUUUAUGACCUCUUUUGCAGGUUUUCUUGUGACUUGGACAAUAAUUUACUCAGGCCUUCAUCAUUAAAAUAAUCAAUCUAACAAGUUUUUCAAAAGUGAAAUAAACUUGUCCUUGCUAUUGGCAUAACAAGUAA